UUAUCUGUCCUCCCUCACUGUUUUCGUAGUUUGAUUUGGGGGAAGAGCUGAUCAACCCCCAAAGGCUUUAAAAACAACACAGAUUUGCUGUCUGCUAAUGUGGGUCACAGGACAGAGCCAGGACGGAGGACGGCACCAUGCGCUCCCUCCUGCUGCUGUGUCUGUACACGGCCCUGCCAGCAGUGCUGUGGAGCUCACAUCACACGCUGGAGGUGGAGGGAGACAACGACGCCUCCAGGAUCUGCAAACCUGCCCCGCACUGGGACAUCAAGGGGAGGGCGCCCAUGAGCGAGCAGCUGGGGAGGGUGGUGGUGGUGGCGCUGCUCAAAGCCAGCUGACACUUCUGUCUGGUCCAGGCCGCAAGCAUCAAAGGCCUGCGUGACAAGCUGAACCGCAGCAACCUGACGGAGGUGUCGUUCAUGAUAGUAAACGAGCGAGAGGCCGUGUCCAGAGCAAUGUACUGGGAACUGAAGAGAAAGGCCCCCCCCGGGGUCCCAGUCUACCAGCAGGCGCCUCUGCAAACAGACGUGUGGGAGGCUCUGGACGGCGACAAGGACGACUUCCUGGUCUACGACAGGUGCGGCCUUCUCACCUUCCACAUCGUGCUGCCUUACAGUUUCCUGCAGCAGCCCUACGUAGAGGCUGCAAUCAGAGCGACAUACCUGAAAAACGUGUGCAACUGCACGGAAAAUUCUACUGCAACGACUGGCAGGAACAACACAAACAGCCAGACCUCAGCCCAGUUGGACACUGAUGGUGUAGAGGAGGACGUACCUGGAGCCAGACGCCACAUUCAUCAGUCUCAUAAUCAUUACACUCAUCAUCUACAUGAUAGUCAUCACCACCAUCAUCUUGAUCCCAACAACCAGUCCCAGGCUCAUCAGAACACGAGUCAGCACAGAACUCCCACGCGUCCUGCUUCCAGUCAUCCGCCGCAUGACUCCUACCCCUCGCAUCACCGCCACUAAGGCUUCAUCCAGUGUGGGUUCACUUGAGUCUGCUUUGAACAGCAGUCUGAUGGUUUCCCGCUAGCGUUUCCCACUUCACAGCCCUGUGUGCAUCAACAGCUCAACAGUUCUGGCCUGUUUUCUCUCAUUAAUGAAGUCAACGGUGUUAAACCUGCACGCAGAAACCUGAAGAUGGAUGUGUGAGAGGACGGGUGGAGACACUGGUGCUGUCAUUCACACAGAGGCAGGUGAUGUGUGCACUGCUACAGAGCAACCUGUCAGCCUACUGUUUAUAGUGGACUCUCAUCUAUGUUGAAUGCUUUUGACAUUUAAAAAGUGAACAUUUAAAUAAAGUUUAAUACCACAGGAUUCACUUAAAGGAACAAAUCAAGUAUAGUUUAUAGCUUUAGACAGUUUAUUACAUGAAGAAUGUUUUGGGUUAAUUAUUUUACUUUUUGUUUGAAAAUGUAUUUAAUUGUAAUAAAUAAAAAUUGUUGUUUGUU